AUGUCUGCUUCUAUGUAUAACGAUGAACAGAAGAAGGAAAACACCAACUGUCCAAAUGUAGUGGGCGAGUUGGUGUUCAAUAAAUUUGCUAAAAUUAUGGAAGGACCAGAGCAUAGCGAGUACAGGGCUCUUUACACCGGUACUGAGAAUACCAAAAACGAUAUUGAAGAAACAGAAGAGUGGUUGAAUUUUGAGUAUAAGAACUCGCCAGCUGCUGGUACUGUCAAGAUUGAAAAUGAAGAAGAACAAUUGGCAAACGAAGCUUUGAUCAACGGUUUUCUUUCGUGCGAUUCAUCGCCGAUGUUGGAGAUUGACAAUGUUGAUGACUCCAAUCCUGAGACUUGGACUUGUUUGUUUGAUGAUGAACCAAUGGAGAAGGAGGAUAGCUCUGCUGUUGUUUCUUCCGAUGUUGUUGGCGCUGCUAAUCCAAAGGGUGGUAUUACUACCACCACAGGUAAUGGUUUUUUGCCUACGCCUGUUUUGGAGGAUGAUUUGGAGGUUGGAUGUUCUGAUAUCAAGUUGAAGACUAUUACUACUAAGAAGGUUAACAAAAAAGUUGAUCACUUGGGUAUUGUUGCUUACAAUCGCAGAAACCGCAGCACUUCUUUGAAGCCCAUAGAAUUAGUUUCUGAGGACCCGGCUGCUUUGAAACGUGCCAAGAACACCGAGGCUGCCCGUCGUUCUCGUGCUAGAAAGGCUGAAAGAAUGAGUCAGUUAGAGGCCAAGGUUGAGGAAUUGUUGGCCAGGAACUCUGCUUUGGAGGAGGAGGUUUUGAGAUUGAGAUCGAUGCUAGGUGAGUAA